AUGGGGCAGCGCGAUCGGAUGUUCAAGGUGCUGGUGGUGGGGGACGCCACGGUGGGCAAGACCUCGCUGGUGCAGCGCUACGCCAACGACAGCUUCAACCGGCACUACAAAUCCACCGUGGGAGUGGAUUUUGCGCUGAAGGUGGUUCAGUGGUCGGAGUCGGAGACGGUUCGGCUGCAGCUCUGGGACAUUGCAGGGCAGGAACGAUUCACAUCCAUGACCCGCCUGUACUACAGGGACGCCUCGGCCUGCGUGAUCAUGUUCGAUGUCACCAACGUCAGCACCUUCAGCAACAGCCAGAAGUGGAAGCAGGACCUGGACAGCAAACUGGUGCUGCCAGACGGGAGCCCCGUGCCCUGCCUGCUGCUGGCCAACAAGUGUGACCUUUCCCCGUGGGCAGUGACCAGGGAAGAAGUCGAUCGGUUCAGCAAAGAAAACGGAUUUUCAGGAUGGGUGGAGACGUCUGUGAAGGAGAACAAGAACAUCAGCGAGUCCAUGAGGGUUCUGAUUGAGAAGAUGAUCUCCUCCUCCACGGGAGAUGGAAGCUCCUCCUCUGCUGGCAGUGGGGAUUACAUCAACAUCAAGGAGACCUCCCCUCCAGGCUGGGCCUGCUGCUGAAGCCACUGCAUCCCCUGGGCUCCUCUUCAUCAUCAUCAUCAUCACCAUCAUUGUUACCAUGGUCACCUUGCCCUGAACCGUCCCUGGUUUGGGGUUUUCUCCUGUGAUUUUGAACUUUUCAGUGGCUGUUUGCCCAGCAGAGCCCUGCUGCAGUGACGUGGAGUGAGGCACGGAAGAGGAGGAUUGGGAAUAUUCCUCUUUUUGCUCUGCUGCUCUGAUGGAGCACAAUCCACGCCCAAGCAGUGGCUUGCAUUACACUGAUUUUUUUGUUUUUUUUUUAUUAAUUUUGAGCACUUCCCCCUCUGGCAGGGCUGCCCUGGGCUGUCAGAGGGAUUUUUGAAUUCUCUGCACCUUUACCCCCUCCCUUUUGGGGACACAGCCCGGCCCAGGUGGUGCCUGUGGAUCCCCAGCUGUGGGAUGCCAGCAGUGUCCUCCCUCCCUGCUCUGGGGUGCUGGAUCUGUGUCCUGGAGGGACCAGCACAGCCCAGCAGUGCCCCAAAGCUCCCGAGCACGAGGAGCUGCAUGUGGAGUUCUGGGGGUCAGCUGGGACCUGGACCAGCACAAUCCUCACUCCCCUGUGCAGCAGAGACCCCAAAAUUUGGUCAGGAUUUACUCCUGCCCUUCCUGGACCAGCACAAUCCUCACUCCCCUGUGCAGCAGAGACCCCAAAAUUUGGCCAGGAGUUGCUCCUGCCCCUCCUGGACCAGCACAAUCCUCAAUCCCUGGGCUCUGCUUGUGGAGCAGAGACCCCAAAAUUUGGUCAGGAACUGCUCCUGCCCCUCCUGGACCAGCACAAUUCUCACUCCCCUGUGGAGGAGAGACCCCAAAAUUUGGUCACAAACUGCUCCUGCCCUUCCUGGACCAGCACAAUCCUCACUCCCCUGUGCAGCAGAGACCCCAAAAUUUGGUCACAAACUGCUCCUACCUGUCCUGGACCAGCACAAUCUUCACUCCCUGGGCUUUGCUUGUGGAGCAGAGACCCCAAAAUUUGGUCAAGAGUUGCUCCUGCCCUUCCUGGAUCAACACAUCCCCCACUCCCCUGUGGAGCAGAGACCCCAAAAUUUGGCCAGGAACUGCUCCUGCCCCUCCUGGACCAGAUCAAUUGUCACUCCCCUGUGCAGCAGAGUUCCCAAAAUUUGGUCAGGAACUGCUCCUGCCCUUCCUGGACCAGCACAGCCCCCACUCCCCUGUGGAGCAGAGUUCCCAAAAUUUGGCCAGGAGUUGCUCCUGCCCCUCCUCCCCACAGCCCCUUUCUGCUGCCCCUUUGUGGGGCAGGGUGAGGAGGGGGCUCUAAACCCCUUUGUGUGGCCCCACAAGGGCCCUUGGCACUUUUUUUUUUAUUUUUUUUGGGACAGCCUCCAGCAGCCCAAAGUGCUUUUGGCAAGUGCUGCUCAAUUGCUUUCCCACCAUCCUCGUGCAGCCAGGAGGGGAUUUGGGGUAGGAAACAGCUCCCUAAAAACCCCCCUGCUGUUUUAGUGGGGCUGGGGAAGAGGAGGAGGGGAAAAAAAAAAAAGACUUUGUGGGAUAAAAGGAAAGGAAGGAACCACUCCCCAUUUCCCUCUGGUGCCACUUUCCCCCUACACAUCCCAGAUAUUGGUGGUGGAGAGCAGUUCUGGCCAAAAAAAAUGGGUGUAAAUUGAGGAGAAUUUAUGGGGAAGUCGCACUUCAGGGCUGGAGUUUUGGGUGUUGAAUUCUGGAUUUGCUGUUCUGUGAUUUUCUGAUGGUUCACGAGCGCCCUGCUCACGUUUUGGGUUUGGAUUUCAGCAAAAGGCCUUCAAUAAUUGGGUUUUUUUUUUUUACCUUUUUGAGUGGGAAACAGGACUAGAAAUUGCUGUGUCCUGGUUCCUGCUGAAUUAGGGCUGCUUUGCUCUGGCAAAUUAUUCCUCCUGCCUGUCUCACACAGAGGGAGGAGUUGGUCACUAAAAAAUCUGAGUUUUCGUUCUCUGGAGCUGAAAAGAAUUUAAAACUAAACAGUGAGGGUUAAGAAAUUUAGGGUUAUUUGUGGUGCACUUUUUAAUGCAAAACUGAAGUACCUGGGCCAGGGUUCUGCCAUGCAAAUAUUGCCAAAUUUGGGGUUAGAGGUGCUUAAAAAUACCCUUUUCUGCACCCUUGGCUUUAGAAAUAGGGAGAGCUGGUUAGCAACAAAAUGGAAGUGCCUUGCUGAAUUUUACUUCAUUGUCUUAAAAAUAAAAGAAAAAACAAACCAACCACAAAACAACAACCAAAAAAAAAAAAAACAAGAAAAAAAAAAUGCUUUUAAUCCUAUAAAUAUUUAAUCCUAUAAAUAUUUCUAGUUCUUUUUAGAACACGAGAGAAGUGCCUGAUUUUUUAACGGAGCUGUCACGAAGCCCCUUAAGAUUGAGGAGUUAUUUAUUGGUUUUUGUACUUGAAAUGUUCCAGCCAAGAGCUUUCCUCAGAGGUGGAAAACCCUGCCCGGGCUCAGAGCAGCUGCAAAUUCCCAAUUCCUGCUUUGUCCAACGGAGCUCAAGCAGAGCAUGAAAUGAAAUGAUCCUGAAAUUGCAAUUUCUCCUAUAAAUCUGGCCAGAUUUGUGUCAUCAGUUGCAGAGGGUUUGGGUGGGGAGGACUCCAGAGAUUCCCCAGUGGAAUUCCACAGGGAAUUCCUGGGGAAUUCUGCAGGAAAACUUCUUCCAUCAGCACUUUGCUACCUCCCACGUGCCUGCACCUCUUCCUCCACAAGUGCCUUUAAGAAUCAACCAAAAACCCAAAGAUUUUUUUAGAAUUUUUUUUUUUUUUAAAUCUCAUUAAAAAAAAAAAAUUAUUUUUUUUUAAUCUCAUUAAGAAAAAAAAAUCGAUUUUUUUUUUUUUAAAUCUAUUUCACAGCAUUUCUGUGCUGCCCUUUGGUUUCCAGUGCCCAUGUGUGCCUCGGGGAGGUUAUUUUCCCACGUUUACUGUUGGUUAACAUCUGAAAAAAAUGUCAAAUAAAACCCCCCACAAGCUGCACAAAAGGAAGAGUCGUUGCUUGAGCUGGGUGAAAACCCCAACCAGACAGGAAAACGAUUUCCCUGGGCAGCUGGGGGUGUUUGCAGAGAUCUCCCCGUGCUUAAAAAAACCAAAAUAAACCCCAAAAGUGCCCCUUGAUUAAACCAGAUUCAAGCUGUGCCCAGCUGAAAUAAUUCUGAUUUUUAAAACCCAGAAUUAUCAAAAACUGGAAGGGGAAAGCCAAAAAAAAAAAAAAAAACCUGAAUCUUUCAAAUAGGAAUCAGAAAUUUUCUUUAUUCUGCUUCACUCCUGGCCUGAUCAGGAAUGAGGAUUUUGGGAAAUGAAGGAAUUUCCUUUUCCCUGCUUUCACUCCGUGCCCUCUGUGUGACUCGGAGCCGACUGUUCCCGUUUCUUUCUCCUUUCUCCUUCCUGGAAUUUCAAUUUGUGGCCCUGGCACUCAAAGCCACACGAAUUUCAAGGUGGAUUUUGUGCCUUGGUGGCUGCACUUGGUUUCUUCACGCAGCUGGAAGAUCUUACUGCAGCCUCAAUAAGUAAAAAAUAUCAAAAUUCAGCUUUUUUUAUUGUUUUUUUUUUUUUUUUUUUUUAAUUUCUUGCUGUUUCACAGAAGUAUUUUAGAGGCGGGGUCCUGACCAUUGUAAAAUUCAGUAUUAUGGUUGUGUAAAGAGGAAAAAAAACUGGAUUUUAAUGCACAUCAAUCAGUCACUGGUGCAGCACUGCGACGGUUUGAAAUAAAAAUUGGCCAUUGCUCA